AUGUCUAACCCAUUCCAGAAUAUUGGUAGAAACUUUGCGUACUUGUGUAUUGGUCUAACGGCCUCCGUUAUAAUUGUCAAAACAGUGGUUCGUGAUUCUAAAGUUUCCAAAUUUGAUCCUCAAAACCUAGCUUCUGCUCAGACAUCAGCAGAGGAUGCUCAUUACGCUAAUCUGGCUGAGAUUAAGCCUGGAUUUCCGUUGAAGAAAGGUGACGAGGAGUCCCAAAUCAAGAGGAAGAGUGAGUUUGAAGGGGCUGGACUUUCCUAUGUUACUAGAAAACGUGGGGAUAGACUAGGAUUCUUGGACAGAAGAAAGGAAGAAUGA